GCGACAGUUUCACGGUCAGAGUGUUUGUCAGUUAAGAGUUUUUGUCAAUAUAGAUAUUUUUUUAGGUUAAAAUGGUUAUGAAUGAGUAGGUAACAUAUUUAAUAAAUAUUCAGGCAAAGUUUUAUAAAAUGAAAUAGAUAAAGUGAACUGAACUUAAAAUACUAAUAAGUGUGAAUAGUAUAUUCAAAAUGGCAGAAUAUAAAAAGGUUCCCGUGGAUCCUGAUUUGAAAGACUUUAUGGAGAAAAAUGAUUACGAUUCCCUUGCAAAAUAUUUAGUUGGAAACCACAGUCGUUUCCGUGAGAAUAUUAUCAUACCGAGGAUCCUAGGACCCAUCGUAAUAAAGACAAAUGAGGAGAAAAUGAUUGAAGCUACAGUUGAGAGCUGUCCAUUCAAAUCUUUGACCAGCUGCAUUAUUGGUUAUGGCCUCGGGGCAGCUGUAGGUCUCUUCACAUCUUCACUGAUGCCAAACGUUACGGACACAACAGCGCCACAGACGCAAACUGCCAGAGAAAUCCUUCGCGAAAUGAAAGGAGCCAUGUUGAGUUACGCAAAGAACUUUGCCAUCCUUGGAGCUGUUUUUUCUGGAGUCGAAUGCUGCAUAGAGUCAGCUAGGGGGAAAUCCGAUUGGAAGAAUGGUACUUACGCUGGAGGUGUUACGGGUGGUUUGAUUGGGUUGAGAGGUGGCCUGAAAGCUGGUAUAUUUGGAGCAGCAGGAUUUGCAGCAUUCUCAACAGCUAUUGAUUAUUAUAUGCAUCAAAGAGGAUCAUAAAUAUUGUACAAAAAAAAUUAUUAAUUAGUUCUAAUUACAUAUUGUGUUGACCAAUUUUAGUUUUAAUAAAACAUUCCCUUUUUAGAUAUUUUAAACAAAAUAUAACCUUGCUGAAGGUUUGAAUUUUGUUGACUGCGUUGUUAUUUCCCGUUUU